AUGAUAAUCCCAAUAAGAUGCUUCACUUGUGGAAAGGAGAUCUCCAGCAAGUGGGAGCCAUAUCUGGAGCUUCUAAAAACGGACAAGAGAGAGGCGGAGGCACUUGACGAGUUGGGGAUGAAAAGAAUAUGCUGCAGAAGAAUGUUCUUAGGACACGUAGACAUUGUAGACAAGCUUCUGAAGUUUGACAUUGUCAAGGACUUCACUCAAAAGAGCUAA